AUGAACAACCUUAGUUUCCCCCGUUUGGGGAAAACCUCUGGCGGAGGUUCCAGAGAAAAAAUUAUGGUGAUUGAAAGACAAGAGGAAGGCAAAAAUCUUCAUGGCGUGUCUCCAGUGCUAGUGGAGAAGACCAUCCAAAGUUAUUGUGGAACAGUCAUUGCUGCAAAGAAGACCAAGGAUGGAAAAAUCUUCGUAACAGUGCGGAACGAGAGCCAAGCCAAAAACUUGGCUAAAAUAAGCAAACUAGCUGAUGAAAUAACGGUCAAGGUAUACGAGCACAAAUCACUGAACUCGUGCAAAGUCGUCGUCUUUUGCCGUGAUGUGAAAAAUGAUACAGACGCCGCUAUUUUAACAAUCGUAAAAGAACAAGGAAUAACGGAAGUAAAACAAAUUAUGAAGGGCCCGGAGGACAACAAAACCCCCACCGGCAUAUUCAUAUUGACCGUGAAGGGAAUCUGUCCUCCCAAGGAAAUAAAACUAGGAUAUCUGUUACUGGAGACCCGGCCAUGGUACCCGAACCCGCUAAGGUGCUUCAAGUGCCUCAAGUUCGGACACACUAGCAAGGACUGCAAUAGUGAAAAAAAAUGUAGCAAGUGUGGUGAAGCAUUCCACGAUGAAUGCAACAACGAAGCCAAAUGUGUGAACUGUAAAAAUGAGCAUGGCGCUUUCGCCAAGGAGUGUCCAGUGCUUGCUAAGGAAAAACAAAUCACAAAGCUAAAAAUCGACAGGAACAUUACCUUUUGGGAAGCCAGGAAUAUUGUUGAAGAAGGACUCAAAACCAAGUACUCAAACACCGUCAAAGCUUCGAUCGACGAAGAAGUGAAAAGGCUUACAGAAGAAAACAGUGCUCAAAGUGCAAAAAUCGAUGAGUUAAACGAAGAAAAAAAGACAUACGCUGAGACCCUGAAAAAUGAACUGGAACUACAAUUUGACGCAAAACUGAACCAAUAUAAAGAGGAGCUGAAUAACUCCAUUCAAGAAAAAGUUAAGAAAAUGGAACAAAUGGAGGAAAAUAUGCUAGCACUACAGAAAAGAUGCGAACACCUCGCAACUUCGUACAAAGAAGAAAAACACCGAAGAAAGCAGGCUGAAAAAGAAGUUGAAAAACUUAAGGAGAACUGCAUCAAACUGGAGCAAAUGCUGAAACUUUACGGUUAUAAGGGAGCCCCUAAAUAUAUGAGGAGCCAAGAAAACACCAUACAAUCACCCCCCAGGAAGAAGAAAGGAAUCACCGAAAUGACACCGUGUGAUCAAAUAGAGUAUAUCCAUUCAGACUCAGAGGAAACCGAUGAAACAGUCAAUCCAGGCUAA